CAUUGUCAGGUCUCAUUUAUCACGUUCAAUAUAUUUACAAUCAAAUUAAAGUUUUUUCUUGAAAAUAAAAAAAAAUCAUAAAUAGAAAUGUCUGUACUUCAAACAGCCUCCUCAGCCAUAACACCAUUUUUCACUUCAUUAGCCUCAGGAGAUGAAGUACAAAGUUCAACCUCAAAUAUAGGAGGAGGCUCUGUUGGUGGAAAUAUAGGUGUUAAUUUAAGACCUACACAUGUUAAUGAAAGUUGUUUAGAGUUUCUUAUUAUGGAAAUGGUAGAUUUAAUGUAUAGAACUACUGUCGAUUCAGAAAAUGAUAAAGAAGCCGUUUAUUAUAAAUUAGAAAUGUUGGGUUAUCAAGUUGGACAAAGUUUAGUUGAAAGGUUUACUAGAGAUCGUCCUAGAUUCGUUGAUACACUCGAUGUUGUAAAAUUUAUCUGUAAGGAUCUAUGGUCUAUAAUUUUUAAAAAACAAAUCGAUAACUUGAAAACCAAUCAUAGAGGAGUUUAUGUACUUCAAGAUAAUGGUUUUAGAUGGUUCCUUAGAAUGUCAACUGAAUCUGGUAGCGAAGCUGCGGCUAAGAAAGCAGUUCCGUAUCUUUGGUUUCCAUGUGGAUUAAUUAGAGGAGCUUUGGCUAAUUUGGGUGUUGUCAGCGUAGUCAUUGCAGAAACAAACUCUUUACCACAAUGUUCAUUCCAAAUCAAAAUUGCAAAAUCAUAAUAGAAAUUAUUACAGGAUAGAUUGGUUUGGCUUUUGUAAUGUCAUUGUUUUUUCCCUUUGUAGUUUCUUAGUUAAAUUAAAAAUAUUAAUAAAUAUAACAAAAUUUCUGUAGAUCAGUCAAC